CUAGAAUGUUAUAAAAGCCACAACGCUGGACUAAAAAUCGUUUAGUCAGUGUUUAAUUUUUCCCCUGAAAAGAAGUUUGGAAUAGAUCUACUAUGCAAAAAGGUUACCUGAUUUUCGCGGGUCUUUUGGUUUUCGCCUAUGUUGCCCAGGCCAUAGCUGAUGACUCCGAUACCUCCGAGUGCCAGUCGGAGGACGAGUUAUGGGGCGGCGAGGACAUUCGAAAAUAUUACUUCUGCCUUAAUGGUGAAGUGAUUUCCCAAACUUGCCAAAGCGGCACCUAUUUUGUGAACAAUGCCACUGUCUCCGGCUGCAUAGCUGCGGCUUCGAUUACUCCCUCUUGCGUGAACUUGGAUGUCUCCGAACCCGACUGCACCGGAAGCAACGCGUAUUAUCCCCAGCCCUGUGAAGAUCCCACCCAAUACUAUCUGUGCACCGAUAAUGGUCCCAAGCUGAUGACCUGUUUGAAUGACAGUGCCUUUGUGAGCCGCGAAGGAUACCUUGGCUGCGCCACCUGGUCCCAGUGGCGAGAGCUGCGAAACUGCACCAUCGAUUCCUGAACUCGUAUGGCAAGCAGAGCAUUUUAAUUAAAGUUAUCGCGAUUGAAAGCGGCGUUAUUAACUUAAAAUUGAUUCGAAAUUAAUUGAUAUAUGUGCGUCGGUCAAGAAUGCUGAUAUGAUAAGGCUUGACAUAUAUUAAAAGCAAACUACUGUUCAUA